AUGGCUGCUCGUGAUAACAGGAAGAAACUCAUCUUGAACGCCUUCAUAGAGUCAUGUAGUGGUCACCAGUCGCCCGGACUGUGGCAGCACCCUGACGAUAGAUCGUCUGGAUUCAAUGAUAUUGAACACUGGGUUGAUCUCGCCAAGCUUCUUGAAAAGGCCAAGAUUCACGGGAUCUUCAUCGCCGACGUUCUGGGUGGCUACGACGUAUACGAAGACAGCCUUGACCCAGCCAUCAGGUCUGCGGCACAAUGGCCCGUCAACGAGCCUUUGGCGGUCGUCGUCGCCAUGACCGCCGCCACAAAUUCGAUUGGUGUUGGCGCCACUGUCGCAACGACCUACGAGCAGCCAUACCACCUGGCGAGAAGACUGUCCACAAUCGAUCACCUUUCCAAGGGAAGGUUUGGGUGGAACAUUGUGACAGGUUACCUUGACUCUGCAGCACGUAACCUGAUCGGCAAAGAGCAACCUCUACAUGCUGAUCGGUACACCGUUGCGGAAGAAUACAUGAAAGUGAUGUACAAGCUCUUCCAAGCCUCCUGGCGAGACGAUGCCGUGGUCCGCGACGUAAAACGUAGCAUGUACAGCGAUCCGGCCCGAAUCAGAACGAUCGACCACGACGGCGAGUUCUACAAAGUCCCCGGCCCACACAUCUGCCAACCCUCCCCCCAAAGGACACCCCUCCUCUUACAAGCCGGAACCUCCAAAUCAGGUCGGCUAUUCGCCGCCCAACACGCCGAAGCCAUCUUCGUCCUCGGCCACAGCCCCUCCGUAGCAAAAGACAACAUCGCCGAGAUCCGCUCGACAGCUAAAGAGCGAUUCGGCCGUGAUCCCAACAACCUCAAAUUCCUCGCUCUGUUCUGUCCCGUGAUCGGGCGCACGGAAGAAGAAGCGCAGGCGAAAUUUGAAGACUACAUUCAGUAUGGGAGUAAGGAGGGAGCGUUGGCAUUGUUUGGGGGAUGGACGGGGAUGGAUCUGGGGCCUUAUGGGGAUGACGAGGAGUUGAGGCACACGGAGAGUAAUGCAAUCAAGGCGGCGGUGGAGUCGCUGAGUAAAGCUGCGCCAGGGGUGGAGAAGUGGACGAAGAGACUGGGCGCCACAGUCGUCGGCACCCCAGCCCAGGUCGCCGAUGAAAUGCAACGCUGGGUCGACGAAGCCGACGUCGACGGCUUCAACAUGCCGUAUGCCAUCUUCCCGUCCUCCUUCGAAGACAUCUGCAAUCUACUCGUUCCCGAGCUACAGUCAAGAGGGAUGUUUCAUGGAAUCACAGGAGGAACGUAUCGAGAGAAUUUCUAUGGAAAGGCAGGACAGAAGCAGCCGCUUGAGGAGCAUGUCGCUGCGAAGUAUCGCUGGAGGGCUGGGGUUCCGAAGAGCGAGGCGACGUUUCCUGUUUGA